CAGUUAGGUGCAAAGAAGCUGUGAUUUACAACUGUUUGCAGAUUUAAUAUUUUAAAUUGUUGAAUUUUGGAACAGAAAAGUUUAAAAAAAUUUCUUUAGCAUUGAAAAUUUCCAAAAAUCAAUUGAAACAGUGAAAAGUGUCAAAAAUGUCGAUAAAUUACUUAAACGACUUUAAUGCCGUGUGCCAAAACAUUUGGAAUUUGGGAGCAAUUAAAUUAACUAUACUUGUUAUUUUAAGCUACCAAUUAGUUGCAGCCCGCGAUUAUGACGAACGUUCACGUGACUUUUAUGGGGAUUUCACCUCGGACGAAAGCUAUGGUGAUCUUAACCUUUUAGAAAUGAGCACAAAUCAAAAAGAUCACAUUGUGAGACUGCACAAUCGAUUGCGCAACAAAAUUGCAUUGGGCGAAAUACGGAGAUUUGAUUCUGCGUCUAGAAUGCCUGCACUCCGUUGGAGUGAUGAGUUGGCUCGUUUAGCUGAAACAAAAGCACGUGCAUGUGCAGAUGGACGAGAGGAAUGUAAAAAAGAUAAAUAUCGCAAUCAAAACAUAGCUCGCCGUGGAUGUUCAGAUAAAAUCAACGAACCACCCACAUACACUAUGAGUUCAAUGAUUAUGGACUGGUUUUUGGAAUACCGGGAUGGCGAUAUGAGCAACAUUUAUUCAUCGAAUAAUCGUCCACAAGGCUUCGAAACAAUCAAUAAGGACAUCGAAAACUUUGCAGUGAUGAUGAACGACAGGAAUUCAGCUGUGGGAUGUGCAAUGAUUCGAAGCCAAGAGGAUGGCUUAAAAUUCGAUCAUUUGGUUUGUAACUAUGGAUAUGCAACCAAUCGCAAACCCGUAUAUGAAAGAGGUUCAGCCGCAUCAAGAUGCAAAGAACGUCAUUCGACUUACGAAGGACUUUGCCGCAACUCAAAUAAUGUGGAUGAUAGACGUUUAUUAACAUUGUUCUUUAGAUAAGCAUUUCGCAAUUUUUGUAUCGAUUUUUUAUUUCGUUUUCAAGUAUGGAUAUAUACGGGUUAAUUUAUAUUAGAUUAAGACAUUUUAUGAAUUUUAUUUUUAUUAUCACAACAAAUUUGUAUCUUUUGAAUUGCUCAAAUAUAAAGUAAAAAUUAAACA